AUGGCAGUUGAUUCCGCUUCCGCUGGCGAGGCUACUCCCCCCUUUUCCUCCGCCUACUCCGCGCAACUUCCCCCACCUCACGCCCCCGCGUAUCCCCCUGAUCCACGCUUCGCCGCUCAUCCAGGAUAUCAGGCGCCUCCGCCCCCCUACAACAGCGCAGCCGCAGCAUUUCCUCCUCCUGUCCCCCCCUAUGGUUCCGCGCCUCCCCUUCCCCCGUAUCCCCCCCCGGGCUCUGCUCCUGCGCCUCCACCUCCGCCUGCACCUGCGCCUGCUCCCCCUGUCCUGCCGCCAGGUGGCGGAGCCGCAUUGGUUGCUGCAGCUGCUGCAGUAGUAGACGAAUACGACCCGGCUAGACCUAAUGACUACGAGAAGAUACUAAGGGAGAGGAAGAGGAAGGCUGCUGAGGAGGAGAGGCGGCGGGAGAUGGAGCGGAGGAGGAAGGAGGAGGAGGAGCGGGAGAAGGAACGGGAGGCCGUGCUGCAGCGGCAGAGAGACCUUGAGCUCGCGAUCAAGGCUGAACGUGAGCGUGCAGCAGCAGCCAAGGCAGCAGAGCAGGAGGGGGGGGCAUCAGCAUCACCAGCAGCAGCUGCAGCCUCUGCUGGCCCAGAUCGCUCCCAGCUGCGUGUCAGUGGGGAGGAGGCCUGGCGCCGCAGAGCCAUGCUGAGUGGAGGGGGGGCAGGAGGGGGAGCAGGAGGGGGACUAGGAGCAGCAGCUGGAGGAGCUUCGGCAAGCCCACGAGCUGCAGAAAGAUCGCCAUCUCCUCCCAAGUCGGAGGGGUUUGCCAUGCCCAAGAAUUCUGGCGACGGGUUAACAGCAGCAGAGCGGAUGAUGAUGAAGAUGGGAUGGAAGGCUGGGCAAGGGCUGGGUAAGCAGGAGCAGGGUAUCACCACUCCUCUCAUGGCAAAGAAGACGGACAAGCACGGAGGAGUGAUUGUGGCUGCCAAGCCUCUGAAGAAAGGGAGUGGAGGAGAGGGAGCGGAGAAUAAUGCUGCUGGUGCUGGGGGAAAGAGGGCGAAGCUGGGUGGUGUGGCACUCAAUGGGCCUCCAUCAAAGGUUGUCCUGCUAAGAAACAUGGUUGGUCCGGGAGAGGUGGAUGAAGAGCUGGAGGAGGAGGUGGCAGGUGAGUGUCUCAAAUAUGGCACUGUAACACGGGUGCUUAUAUUUGAGAUUACAGAUCCUUCCUGUCGACCAGUGGAAGCUGUUCGCAUAUUCAUCACCUUUGAUCGGCCGGAAUCUGCAACCAAGGCACUCGUUGACCUUGAUGGGAGGUUUUUCGGUGGAAGAACAGUACGGGCGUGCUUCUUUGAUGAAGAAAAGUUCAAGAAGAAUGACCUUGCGCCAGGUCCAAAUGAGCCGCCUGUUCCCGACUUUCAGAAAGCCUAG